UUGUGAUUGGAUUCUGGGUUGGGCUUGCGGUCUUCGUCAUAUUCAUGUUCUUUGUUUUGACUUUGUUGGCCAAGACAGGAGCCCCUCACCAAGAAACUGUUGAUUCACUAGAAAAACAAUUCAGAAUGGACAGCUUUGUCGCUGACUUUGGAAGGCCCACUGAAGCGGACACUGACAGAAUUUUCUCUCGCAAUAUAACAGAGGAAUCAAGGUCUCUCUUCCAUUGCUACAUAAAUGAAGUUGAGCAGCCAGAGAGAAUAAAGAACAGGAACAUAGCCACGGACAGUGGAAUUAUCAUCCAGCAAACCAUUAGGAAUUCUAAGGUAGAAGAAGAUAUUCAUGGUCUUGUAAAGUUCAACAUCCCUAACUUUGUAAACACCGACCAGAGUUCUUCUAUUGAAGAUGAAGACCUUCUAUUAUAUGACCCACCAAUGAAUUUGGAAAACAAAGCAGCCCAUCCACGUUUGUGUGACUUUCUGAACUGAUUGAACACCAAGCAAAACUGGGGCUCUGAUUUGAGCUAAACAUUUACUAGUGAAGGCAGUGCCCUUUGGGCAAUCAUGGAUUUUGCUUGUUUGACACUUCAAAUAUAUCAAAAGAAAUGCCCUGUGUGCAUAAACGACUGCCUGAUGGGCACUACUGUUGCUAGUAAUGUUUUAAUAAUGUUACUGAAAUUCAAGUCGAUGGAAGGACAAGGUUUGGAUAGUAAGGCAGAAAACUGAUGUAAAUGGUGCUUUAAAUGAAACUUACAUAGGGCCAAGUAAUGCUGCACUUCUAUGUAAUUAUGUCAUUGAAUAGAUCCAUCCCGGAAAGAAACUGAAUGGCCCAUCUGUGUUCAAGUCUUUUAUGACAGACACAGUGAGGCCCCUGCGUUUAAUGACAGGGACAGUGUGCCCACCCCCCCAGCAUUUAAUGACAGUUAAAGUAUCCCGCCCCCAGUGUUUUAUGUAACCCAUAGCAACCAAUCAGUGAUUAGUUUUUUUUCAGCUGCAGGUUGAACGCUGAAAGCAAUCAUCUGAUUGGUUGCUGUGGGUUACUGCCCAGGGGCAAAUUUGCUCAGUGUAGGCCUAAACAUUUCAGGCACAGUAGGGGUCAUUUAUCAACACUGGGCAAAUUUGCCCAUGGGCAGUAACCCAUGG